CAUAGAAAAACAAAAAAACGGUCAACGCACGCGCAACUUUCCGAAAUAUUUUUGGAAAAAAAAGAGGAACUCUGAAACAUCAAUUUGAACAUAUUUCCAAUAUCGAGAGAAAAAUCAAAUUAAAGAGCAACAACAGCAAAGCACUCAAAGCCGGCAACAUGGGCAAAACGUUGGAAAUAACCAAACCUGAACAACAACAACAGCAGCAGCAGUCGUCGCAUGGAGAGAAGGAUGGGGAUGUGGAGGGCAACGUGAAGCAGCGCCAUGCCACAAGCAAUAUGGAGGCAGCCACACAUCUGUUCAAGGGCAGCGUCGGCGCCGGUCUCUUCGCCAUGGGCGAUUGCUUUAAAAAUGGCGGCCUAAUUGGCUCCACAAUAAUGCUGCCCAUUAUCGCCAUCAUGUGCGUCCAUUGCGAGCGAUUGCUCAUCCGUGGCUCGCUGCUGGCCGUUUCGAAGACGCCGGGUGCCAUCUUCUAUGAUUAUCCGGAGACGGUUGAGAAGUGCUUCGAGUAUGGGCCACAACCAUUGCGGCGCAUGUCGCGCGCCAUGAAACUGAUCGUCGAGAUGUUCCUCUGUGUGACCCAAUUCGGUUUCUGUGCCAUCUACUUUGUGUUCGUCACGGAGAAUCUACACCAGGUGUUUCUGCAGAAUGGCAUCGAUAUUAGCAUGAGCAUGGUGAUGCUGAUAACACUGCUGCCGGCAAUGAUACCAUCUCUGUUGACCAAUCUUAAGUAUAUAUCGCCUGUGUCGCUGGUGGCGAAUUUUGCGCUACUCUUCGGUUUGAUUGCGACACUAACGAUUGCCUUCUCGGAGGGACCAAUGCCACCCUUUGGUGAUCGCCAUUCGUUCACGGGCGGCACACAAUUAGCCCUAUUCUUUGGCACGGCUCUCUUCUCGUAUGAGGGCAUCGCUCUGAUUUUACCGCUGCGCAACUCGAUGCGUAAUCCGGAUGCGUUCAGCAGUCGAUUUGGUGUGCUGAAUGUGACCAUGUUUUGCAUUACGGCCCUGUUCAUCUUCACCGGAUUCGUUAGCUAUAUGCGUUGGGGCGAGGAUGUUGCUGGCAGCAUUACGCUCAAUCUCAACGUGGAGGAUGUCAUGUCGCAGGUUGUGAAAAUUGUUGCCGCAUUGGGCGUCUUCUUUGGCUAUCCCAUACAGUUCUUUGUCAUGAUGAAGAUUCUGUGGCCGCCCGUCAAACGUGCCAAUGGCUGUGCCCAGAAGUAUCCGAUUACCAUGCAGGUCGCACUGCGCUUCAUCAUGGUCAUGCUUACAUUUUGUGUUGCCCUGGUGGUGCCAAAAUUGAAUCUAUUUAUUUCGCUCAUCGGUGCACUGUGCUCAACAUCGCUGGCAUUUGUCAUACCGGUGAUCAUUGAUUUUGUGACACGCACGCAAGUGCCCAAGGGUCUGGGCACCCUCAUCUAUCUGAAGAAUAUUGGCAUUCUAACGAUCGCCCUGCUCGGCAUUAUUACGGGCACCUAUCAGAGCAUCGUUGAGAUUAUCAAAGAGUUUCAAUAAUCGUUACUUCCAAUGUGUGUGCGUGUGUGUCUGUGUGAGAGUGUAUGUGUGUGUGUGUCCGCUUGCCAAGUAUUUUGUAAAUAAUGCCGAUAAUCAUGUGAAUACCUUAAAACGAUUUAUUGUCCUCGUAAUUUAAGUUUAAUGUUUUUGUGAUUCUUUUUUUUGGUUUCUUUUUUUUUUGCACAAGUAUUGCUAUUAGUUUUAAGCUGUGCCUGCCGUGCUUAUUUGCAUGUGGCGCCAUUAUUUAAUUGUCUACAGCUAGAUAAAAAAAUCCAUAUAUUUUAUUAAAUGAUAAAUAAACAUCGA